UAAACACCCCCUCGUGGGAAAGAAGGGUUGAGAAGAAGUUGAGAGUGGUCCAUUGAUUGGAACCCAAAGCUGAGAGAGACUUAAAUUCCCUUACAAUAUUCUUUCUGCUAUCUUGGUUUCAUACUGUGACAUCUCUCUAUCAUGUAACCAUUAUAAACAUAGCUCACGACACACAGAACAGCAAGAGAAAGAGAAGAGAGCCUCAGAGUGGCUUCACCCUCAACCUCCUGAUAGCCUAGCUUCUUCUGUCAAUAGCAAAACAGUACAUAUUAUUUAGCAUGAACCAGUGGAUAGUCCCAAAAUGGAACCAAUCACAACAACAUGAAGAUGCUAGCAGAUCUUCCCAUGUCCAUUUCCCCCACAAAAACACUACUUUCAGCCACAAUCUUGUCCCCAUGGCAAAGGACGGCCAUGGGGAGGUGCUUCUUCAAAUGGCUCCAACAAAGCACUCAUGGGGCCAAUCCGAAGACACCCUCGAGUCCCUAGUCCAUAGUUCACUGUUGAGGAAACGGACACGAUCCAACCCAGAAGGCAAAGAUGAAGCUUUUAUGAGUGGGGCUUUUUUAGAAUCUCAUAGGAGCUUCAAAGCCAAAAAUUCCAUCGAAGACUUAGCUCCAGAUGAUGGCUCGGAGGACGAACAUAACACGAAGAGGAAAACAAGUGGGAGCUGUUCAAUUAGACGAACUCAGUCUGAGAGAAGACGAAGAGAUCGGAUAAACCAGAAGUUAAAAGAUCUUCAAAAGUUGGUGCCAAAUAGGAGUAAGACUGAUAGAGCUUCACUUUUGGACGACACGAUUCAAUAUUUGAAGCAACUUAAAGCACAAGUUCAGUUCAUGUGCAGCAUUAGAUCAGAUGUGCCACAGAUGAUCAUACCUCUAGGAAUGCAGCAGCAGCAGCUUCAAGUGUCACUGCUCGCAGCUCGUAUGGGACUGCUUGACACUGCUUCAAUGGCUCCCAGUUCCAGUUCCUUCCCUUGUGCUGCUGCAUGUCCUCCGACUCUACUGCCUUCCAUCAUCUCAUCAACAAAGCCAAAAUCUAAACUUUCCACCUCUGCUUUCGUCCCUCCAACCGAUCCUUUCUGCACUCUUCUGGCACAAUCAAUGGAUAUGGAUUUGUACAGUAAAAUGGUGACACUAUAUUGCCAAGAAGUGAACAGGACACCUCGGCAGGCAAGCAAAUUAAUGGAAUCACAAUGUGUAGAAGGGAUCGAGGAGGAUAUGCAUCAGAGCUAGCCAGAAUAAGCUCCACCAUUUGGUUGACUCCAACAAACACUAGUUUAGUUGAAUACUUAGAUAUGCCUCAGUUCAACCAAAUGUUCAAGGCUUUCUCUAGUAAUUUUGGUCGAUAGAAAUGACACAUUCUAUUGUUCUUGUAUUUUUUCCUUUGGAAUUCCAAGGACAGUAUGCGCAAGUCUAAAGUAAGUAAAAGCAGAUGUAGAAAGCUAAAAUUAAAUCAACUGAUGAGGAUCUUACAUUGGCUAAUGGCUAAUUAA